GGAAAUUGCGUGUUGUCUGACUUUAAAAAUCUGAACAGCGUUUGUGAUCCACGAAAACCACAUCGGACAUCAGUGAAACUGAAAUUCUUGUGGAUGUGGUGCUCACCCAUUCACACAAACUUACUCUUAUCCCAUUAAUGAUACUCCAACAUUUGCAAGAUCAUGCAAAUUCUUUCUACGACCCUUCCAUUUCCUGCAGAGUUUUCUACCUUUCACAGCUUCCUACGUGCACGUGUGCCUUUUUCCACCUCUAUUUUCUGAGGCAGCGAAUGACAGCACACUCAAAAGAUCAUUUUUUUUUCUUUCACCAUAUUUCGAAUUCUUUGUUCGUGUCUAUAAGCGGAACAAACAAACGCAAGUGAGCUUUCCCAAGUUGGGUUUCAUUGCUUUGUAAGCACUGCCACUAUGUUAGAGUCUUUAGCUUGGUGCCAAAGCUUUAAGGGAUAUGACCUUACCAAACAGAAGAGUCCGGGUUGCUCUCAUGCUAUUUCACGAGUUUAUAGAAAUUCUAUUUUUAUGCUUUAUUCUGUCAACAAGAAAGUGCCGGUACUGCCACAUGGUGCUAGUCAUUGGAUAUUUCAUGGGAGUUCUGUGUCAGAAAAUUUCUUUAAAAAGCCUCCUCUCUAUGCUCCUUUAAGUUCUGGUUGGAAAGGUUUGUAUAGGCCGCGUUGGGAAAGGCUGCAAACAAAUGUAGCCUAUGAUGUUGCUGGAGCUGUUGAUGUAAUCAAUGAUUUAGGAUUGGACACUCUUACUUUCUUGGCUGUGACCGUCAUUAUUGUGCCUAUGUUCAAGUCACUGAAAGCCAGUCCUAUACUUGGCUUCUUUUGUGCUGGUGUGGUACUCAAUCAGUUUGGUUUAAUUAGAAACCUUACAGAUGUUAAAGUUUUAUCCGAAUGGGGGAUUCUUUUCUUGCUGUUUGAGAUGGGUUUAGAGCUUUCACUUGCACGUCUAAAAGCUCUUGCAAAGUAUGCUUUUGGAAUGGGAUUGGCUCAGGUUUUACUGUCUACUUUAGCAUUUACUGCUUUUGAGCUUCCUCCAAAUGGAGCUGUUGGAACAAAAAUUUUGGAAUUCCUUUUCCACUCUAGGCCUGAUCUGGUGAACAUAAGGAGUGUCGAUGAAGCUGUAGUGAUUGGUGCUGCUUUGUCUUUGUCAUCUUCUGCAUUUGUUCUACAGCUUUUAGCAGAGAAAGGUGAGCUUCCAACAAGAUUUGGUUCAGCAACUCUUGGAAUACUUCUUCUGCAGGACUUAGCAGUUGUUCCUCUUUUAGUCAUACUUCCUAUACUAGAGAGCCAGAAUAUAACCGAGGGGAGUAUUUGGCCUACACUUGCUCAAGAAAGUUUAAAAGCUUUAGGUGGAUUGGGUCUUCUUUCUCUUGGGGCAAAGUACAUUCUCAGAAGAGUUUUUGAGGUUGUUGCAGAUACAAGGAGCUCAGAGGCUUUUGUUGCUCUUUGCUUGCUGACAAUUGCUGGGACUUCUCUAGGCACACAGAAUUUGGGCUUUAGUGACACGCUUGGGGCUUUUUUAGCUGGGGCUAUUUUGGCAGAGACAAACUUCAGGACCCAGAUUGAAGCUGACAUAAGACCAUUUAGAGGCUUGCUCCUUGGAUUGUUUUUCCUAACUACGGGAACUUCAAUUGACAUGCAGCUCCUUUUACGAGAGUGGCCAAAUGUACUUUCACUCUUGGGAGGUUUAAUUGUUAUAAAGACAUUGAUCAUAACUGCAAUUGGUCCUCGUGUUGGGCUUACUUUACAAGAAAGUGUAAGAAUAGGAUUGCUUCUAUCCCAAGGAGGCGAAUUUGGAUUUGUUGUUUUCUCUUUAGCAAAUAGGCUCGGGGUGCUUCCUCUUGAGCUCAACAAACUGCUCAUAAUUGUUGUUGUAUUGUCGAUGGCAUUAACCCCAUUUCUGAACGAAGCUGGAAGAAGGGCUGCUAGUUUUAUAGAAGAAAAAUCUGAUACUGAGAAUAAUGAGAAAGCUUUGGAGACUGUUAACUUCGAUGCUCGUGAACCUGUUGUUAUCCUUGGAUUUGGACAAAUGGGCCAGGUCCUUGCCAAUUUCCUGUCCAAUCCAUUAGCUUCAGGAGAAGGUGAUGAAGUAGGAUGGCCUUAUGUAGCAUUUGAUGUGGACCCCAAUGUAGUAAAGACAGCUAGAAAAAUUGGCUUUCCUAUAGUCUAUGGGGAUGGAUCACGUCCUGAUGUUCUUCAAUCUGCUGGUGUCUCUUCCCCAAAAGCUUUUAUGAUUAUGUACACUGGAAAGAAGAAGACAAUUGAUGCUGUUCAGAGGCUAAGAUUGACAUUUCCCACGAUUCCAAUCUAUGCCAGAGCUCGUGAUCUAAAGCAUCUAUUAGAUCUGAAAAAAUCAGGUGCAACAGAUGCCAUUUUGGAAAAUGCAGAGACUAGCUUGCACCUGGGUUCUAAGCUGCUGAAAGGCCUUGGUGUGAUGUCUGAUGAUGUAGCAUUUUUGAGUCAACUUAUAAGAGAUUCCAUGGAGCUCCAAGCACAAGAAGCGGUCAGCCAACCUGAAAAUCGUGGAUUGGAUAUUAUGCAACCCCUGCAGGUGAAAGCUUCUGACUUGAGGGAAGCACGUGUUCCUGCGGCAAUAACUUCACCAGAAUCUGAAUUAUCAGAAAUGAAUCAGAAAGAUCAAGCUUCAUCAGUUAGAAAUCAAAGGGAAGUAGAUCUUGAAGAACAAGAACAUGAACUUAGUGAAGCUGUGAAAUUAGAAGGAAAUGGUGUUUUACUUAGCAAACAAAUUAGUGAAGAAAGCGCUGAGGAGCCCUGAACAGGGCUUCUUCAAAGUUAUUUUUCUCCUCUAACCCCAAUAAAUUCUGAAAGAUUCAGGAAGUUUUCAUUUUCAUUGCAGAGCUAACGAUAUAUGUAUAGGAAAUAUCCCAAUGCCUUGUAGAACAGCAUCAUUCCAACUCUGAUGCUCACUUCAAUUCUUUUGAGAGCCACAAAAUGUAUAGUGAUUUAACACCUUUAAAAUAGUUUUUAUUUUUUGUGGGAAAUCAUAAACAGUUUAAGGUGGUAUAAACUUCUGAAAAUAAUACGGUCCUACUUGUUAAAAUUA